CAACUUCAUUGGCCCAAAUUGUACUUUUAUUGAUCUGAUGAAAACGUAUUAGCAGCGAUUUCACAAAAAUCAGUAAAUUGUUCUAGUCAAACACGAAAUCAGAGAAUUUAAUAUAAACACUAUAAAAUAAAACGAUUGAAUUUGUCUGUUGAUUCUUUAAUUCUCAAUCAGACGACGACGAAUCAAUCUGGCUGCGAUUUACUUUUACCUCUUUACGAGUUACCUCACUUUAAUUAUCCCAUUAUCAUUUCGUCGAGCCGUAAUUACCUCGUUAACUCCUAACGAACUCGAACGUCCAUAGCGAGAGGCGAUUUCAUUCCUCCCGAUCGAUACAACCUCUCGCAUCUUUUUUUUCUUCUUUUUGCAGUUAACCAAUUUAUUUAACCACGCCCAUUCUCCCGAUUAAAAAUAACAAUUCGACCAUAUGCAUUCCCAUUAUCGUCCGACUGUUUUAUCUAACCUUCGACGCAUUUAUAAUAUGUUUUCAUCCCUCUGUUUAAUUUCCACUCACUCCCGCUCGUUCCACAAUUCUCAUAUAAUCUUUUAUCCACGUACAUGCGUAUUUUAAUUGCUUAUCUGUUUUUCAUAGUAUCGUUCCCGAUAAAGCUUUCCCUUUAAUCAGUCCUCGUAUUUGAUUGACGGACAUCUCGUCGACAAUAACAGACAGACGCCAUAUGUUCAUAAGUAAAUUUAAUAAAUUUUUAGCAGAACACUAAAAAUGGGAUUUUCGAGAAAGCUCUUUGAAAUAAUGUUUAUAAACGCGCUAUGUAGCCUGCUUUAUUCGGUGAUUCAGUGCCUAACGACUCGUGGACGAAUCUCUCCUGAACCCCACGAGAUCAUUUAUAUCACUUGCUAACAGCAUCGUCACGUUCUCUGAUAAACUGUCGUACGUCCUAAUCGAUUUCCCGAUUGCCGGGGAGUUAGUUCGUGCACUGUUACGGUCUAACUUGGCCACUUCGCUGAGUGCACGAACUUCCUCUCCUUUAGAGUCGCGCACUGGAAAAUGUGACGCGAUAAGUAGUGGACAAUCAGUUAUUCGGAACAGUUAAAUAAAAUACGCAAUAUAUUCGAGCAGUCGUUUCGUAUCUCCGUUGCACAGGCUAGAGUCUGCACACAAUCUAAUAAAACAAUUUUAUAUAUUCAGUGCAGGUUUCUUUGCUUCAGUGCUUUUAUUCAUAAGAGAGUGCAAAUAAUAUUAGAUAUUUAAAAUAUUAAAAAUGAAGUCUAUAUCGUAGUGACUUUAUUUUUUGUAAAGUGACGUGAUUGCCUUAUUUUCGUUGAGGAACAUUUCAUUCUGGAUACAAUGCCCCCAAUCUUGGGUAAGCGGUGAACGACGAGGCGCGGACGCGGACAAUAAGUUUGAUUGGACUAACAAAUUGUCGCUGGCUCGUCUCGAGUAGGAAGAGGCGACGACGACGUCCAGGCCACUUCUUCGUAAUGGCCAAUUGUGCGGUCGCCGUGCCGGUCAUAUCGGCCGGGUGCCUGUCCUAAGUAUAUAAAUAAUAAAGUCCGUUCCGGAGAUAACCAGUCUUCGCGCAUCGAUUACCCCCGUUUUGUUUCACUUCGGAAGAAGAACGACCCCUCCUCCGGGACCCGCGUCACUUCCCAGUGGACGAUUUAACGUCUCGCGUCGAGUGAUCCUCGAGAAUUGCGGUUCCGUUUCCCAGGAAUAUGAAAUUUUACGACGACGUCCACCUGUGCCCCUUGGUGAAUAAUUCAACGACGACGCGGUGAACCGGAGGGCUUCUCGAAACGGUAUUAAAUGAGGCGGAAUUACGUUGGGUCUCACGUGGAUCGUGCAAUUUGGGUUAUCGAGUUCAGCGAGUGCAUUGAUUCUGCUUUCUUGAGAGACACGGGCCCUGCUUGUUUUUUCCUCGUUUCAAUUAGAGACGUACGAACGUGAUCAACUGCGCGUGUACCUUCUCUUAACGACGUCGUAAAGAGAGGUAUUAACCUUGGGAAGCGAGCCACGUCCACCUGUAAUCCUGGCCAACAUUUAUAUAUCUUCCUAGCAGAAAUUAAUAUUUUCGUCGGCCUUGACUUUACGGACGUCCUUUUGAGUAGCUAAUCUUUCCGUGAGAAAAUGUGUUCAUCGUGUUUUUUUAUUUACCAAGAGAAGGAGUGUUAGUAAUUAAUUCAGUGGAAAGACAUGGUCAGAGUUGUUCGUCGUUUUUCAGCUUUAUCGUACCAAAGAAGUGCCUAAAGAAAGUACCAAGGAGAAACGUCUAGAGUCUUCCUUUGCCAAAGAAACGAGAACGAUAUCUAACUAUACACGAAACUAAAGAGUCUAUUUUAUGUAACGUUUCAUGGGUCUCGUACGGAAUUGCAUCGAGCAGGGAAUUAGCUUUAGGCAAACGAAAGUCUACUAAGAAAGGAUAAUAGAAGCUCGAAGGAUUCUCCAGAUGAAAUUUCGCAAAUCUACGGUGUCCAGCCCGAAAAUGGAAUUGCUGUCGAGGCGAUCGUCCAGCGACAGGAUGUCGACCCUUAAACGGUCGAGGUCCUUUCGAGCGUCGAUGAAGCUGAUGUCAAAGCUGCGUACGCACGCGAAUUUGCGUUUGAACGUCGGGUUCGACGUGUCCUCGGCGCCGCGCGUCAAGGAACGACCGGAUAGACUUUUCUCGGUGCGGGAAUCGCCCCCGACGAAUAUCGUAAACAGGGUCAAAGAUCCUUUGAAAAACGACGGUGGCGAAGGCAAUAAAAACUCUCCGUCGCCGACCGAGUCGGAGUCCAGCGGGAUUGCCCGAGACUUGAAGAGUAAAUUAUGUCUGAACGACAGGGUAAUUGAGAAACGGGAGCAAGGAUCUUUUAAGAAUCAGGAGAAAUCGUCCAAGAGAAAUGACGACGUCGCGUCGCCGACGAUGACGCAUGUAUUUCGAUGGAGGAGCAACGACGAGAAUUCGUCUGCGCCCAAAGGGAGAACGGAUGUCUUUUAUCCCGGAGAGCACGUUUCCUAUGAGAAUCCUACUUUUUGCCUGGACAGUUCGCUGGAUUCGUCUGUCUCUAGCUUCCUGUUCGAACCGGAGCAUUCAGAUCACGUUGCGAGGGAAAUCGAAUGCAAGAACGAAACCUCACCUAAGGAACGUCGUCGAGAUGACGUUGGAUUAACGAUCGUAGUGAACUCCGAGGGACCGAGAGAGGAACGCGUUGGUGGGAAGGAAGACGAAGCGAAUUUUGGGCACAGGGACGAAUUUCGUCCUUCCUUUACCAAUACCAAAGCGAGGAGCCUGUCGGUGAACGACGUUGUCGUUGAUGAGGAACCAAUCAGUUUGGAUUUAAACGCGAGAGUCUGCAGUUUCGACUGGCAGCCUCCUCGUAGCGAGGUCGAUCUGAAUGUAACGAAGGAUCGCGGGGCACCGGAGAAAAUUCAAAAAUCCUCCUCGGUCUGCUCGUCCAAGUCUUGCAGGAUCAGGACCGUCGACAAUAUCGCGAACUUCUGGACGAACGCCCGUGGCGGCAGCUUUCGCAACAAAGUGUCCGUGAGGAAGAAGCCGGCGAAAGAUUCGAGGGAGCAAGGAGACUUCAUCGGACGCGAUGGGGUUCUCUUUACGACCACGUCUGGAUCAAAGCUGUACUCUUUGCAAGGGAUGGAGUUCCUGGAGGGUUUCGGGAAGAAAAAGCACCAGGCAAAUCAGCAGUCGCACAAUUUAUCGUCGGUACACGUGAAUCCCCUAACGGCACAGUCGCUCAACAUACACCUGCAUGCUCUGUUUGCAGCCGUAGAGCAUGGCCACGUGGACAAAGCCAGAACGAUUUUGGAAUCGACAGACGUGGACGUGAACAGCGUGAAUAGCGACGGCCUGUCACCCCUGGACGUCGCAGUGCUUAGCAACAAUAGGCCGCUGGCAAAAAUGCUAGUCGCGUUCGGCGCGCAAGAGGGCAAUCAGUUUAAAUCUCCGGAGUCCCUGGGCAGUCAUUUGGCUUCGUUGCUGUCGGAGGCGGAACACAGAGUUCAAGAACUCGGCGGUAGCAGUUCCGGUAGCGGGGGUUCCACCCUUCUCGAGCCACCGAGCAGUCAUAGAUCAAGUUUUUCAUCCCAGCAUAAUAAUCUCACGGGAUGCGGCGGUAGCGCCGAGGACAAGCAGCUGGCCCUUUGGGAGAGAAGAGCCAGGGCGCUCAGGAAAAUGUUGCUCGGGUUCGAUCAAGCGAGGCCACCAGACAUGCCCUUCCUAGUCGCGGUGGACGUUACAGGGACGAAUUCUGUAACGAUGAGGUUCCAGGAACCGGAUUCGCACGACUCGCCCAUCUGCACGAAAUUCAAAGUUCAGUGGAGCACCAAAGAGGAUUUCUCAGCGAUCUGCGGCGAGCGAGAGGUGUUAGAUAUGAAGCAACGCGAGUGUAGAAUCGACGAUCUUAUCCAGGGGCAGAAGUACUAUUUCCGAGCCGCUGCUGGAAACCUGAAGGGCUACAGCAGAUUUAGGAACUCUACGCCCGCCCACGUGACGCCUAGCAGCUGGAGGGACAUCGAUGGCAGGCUGCCAAGGUUUGCCGGCCGAUUGGAACAAUUGAACACCCUGUUCACGGACAUAAGGCGGCCGGAGUACACCCAAGAGACACCGGCCGUUCAGAGGCGGAAUCACAAAAAGAAGACGACGAUAAAGCAGCUGUUCACGGCCACCAGCAAGUUCCAGAAGAAUUUGAGACGCGGCGUGUUCCUCGCCUGUUUACUCUACCACGAGGACAAAGUGUUGGUCACCAACGAGGAUUUCUUGCCUGUGAUCGAGAUCGACGAGACUUAUCCUAGUUGUAUUUACAAUGACUUCCACUGGCUGAUGAAAGUCGCUUGCACCUGGGACGACGUCAAGGUCCUCAGACAGGACAUGGAGAAGAGCCACAGCAGCUCCACGAAUCAUUUCAGGAUAAAACUCCUGCAGGCUGCCGCGCAAAUGCAGGCGGCGUUGUGCAUACAGGAUCUUGGCCAACUGUACCAUAAACCCAUCAGAGACGUCCAAGGCACUCUGGUCUUCUCUACAGUGAAUUAUAUAAAAUCUCCAAAGUUGAUCUCCGUAUUGAACAGCAGAUGGUUGCCGCUGAGUAAGGUAACGAAGAAGGUGAUCACACAUGAGGACAGCAACGUGGCAGACAUUCUGAUCGCCAGUAUACAAGAGCAGAUGACUUAUCAUCAACUCAGCAGUAUAAAAUUGUCAAAGGGACUUUAUCUUGGUUAUCUAAAAAUGCAGAGCAGCGUAGAUUUGAUACAACUCGUGGUACCAGCAAAGUCGCCGAACGUUCUGCCUCACUGCAAGAUUCGAGACAACCCGCAUGUCUCUGCCGAAGAAUGGGAUUAUCUGAAGAGGAUAACUCGUCUGUACGCGUCGGAAGCUUCGGUAAAGGACAGCGAGGAGAAGGAGAACGUGACGAACGAGGGCACGGAACAGCAGAAAUUGUUCGUCGAUCUGGUCGCGGCUACGUCGAGGCGGUUGUUCAAUUACAUGGAGAUCAGUCACGACGAUUCGUUGGUCCAUCGGCUCUACGACGCCGAAGUAAUCGACCUCAGUCACGACGUGUCUUUCUUGAUAGCCGUGCCUCCGGCAGAAACUGCCUGUUGUGUGCCCGGAACCAGGGAGAUCCUCCUUCAACGUGGUGACCUCUUAUCGUUGCCUAUCCAAGUAUUCGAAAUGGUCCACCUGAAUACCUAUCAGAAAGAGGUGAUAAAUAGAUACUCAAGAUUGAGUUGCAUCUUGGAAUUAGACACGGCACAAGCUCAGUACAACCACAGAGAAGCUUUCAGCUCGCUGGAGUUGAGCGUAGCGAAAGACAAGUUAGCCAGGUUGCAGGAGCUCCAGAGUCAAGUGAACACCGUGUGGAAGGGAGCCAGAUGGCUAAUAGACGUGAUCACGUUUGCGAGGGAUCGUGGAUCAUCUCAGCAAGUGUCAUCGCAGACGGUUGGAAUUUCCAUGAAACACUUGCUCAGCUUAGACAGGAACAAGAGCAACAGCAACAGCAACAGUCUAAAGAGGAGUUUAUUACAGCUACCACCUCGCGAUCCUAAGCUUGUGAAGUCUAGUCCGGGUAGAGGCAGCUGGCCAGGGCCUAACGUGACCAAUUCCUCGUCGAACCUUCUCACCACCGAAUUCAGCAAGAGCGAACAGCAAUUGCCCAGUGGUCAAUACGUUCGUAAAGGUAGUAACACCUCGAACGUGUCGACCGGCUCAGAACCACCGAAAUCCUCUGUGCCAAUGAGCAGCAUUAGUAAUCUCAGCAACGCCACCAGCACUGGCAGCAACAAUCACUUGAUUCCUUUACAAAACACGAGAUUACCACCCUCCAAGUCCGAGGACACUUUGAUUCUGACCAAGUACAAGCACAGCCCGAGAAACAGGUCGGCCACGAUUACAUCGGCGUCGGCCAGUACAAGUCCCUUGCUCAGCAUAAAACCGAUGAUCUACGGUGGCUCGCUUCUCAGCGUGUCCACCGCCAUGACGAACACGACCAGCUUGCUAAGCGUCAGCAACACCAAUUCCGACAGCCUGCACUCGUUAAGCAGCGACGAGUAUUCGACGCCUAACUCAAGCGUUUGUAUAAAAAGCAGCCACGUCAAAAGCAAAUCAUCCAAGCCUACGGCCAGUGUGGCAGCUAUGGCCACCGGAUCUCUGGAAAGUCAAUUGGAAGAGGAGAAGGACGAGGCAACGUUGAUGCCAGCUCCGUUGCCUGGUAUUCUCCAGGUUUACGCGGCCUAUGAGACCGGCCUGGCUUCUGGUACCAGCCUGAAGCUACAUGUCACCCCGAGAACCACGGCCAGGGAAGUCGUCAACCUGGUUGUCAAGCAGUUAAAUAUGGCCGUGGUGUUGAAGGGCCAGGAGGGACCGAUCUACACCGCUGACGAGUUACCGAACUUCUGUCUGGUCGCUGUGAUCGGCGCCCGGGAGCGUUGCCUCAGGGACGACUUCAAGCUGCUUCAACUACAGAACCCGUGGAAAAAGGGCAGGCUAUACGUGAGACAGAAACAAGACGUCCUCGCGGCCCUCGAGCACAGCAGCAAGCACACCGCGUAUUUGUAGCAUAAGCAACCGGGAUUUAAUUAGAUGAAAACAAGAAAUAUUAUUUGAAAUAAGGGAAAUUGAUAAAAAAAAAUAAUCUUCAUCGCGGUUGACUAUGUCCGCCAGUAUGAAGAACGCCGCGUAUCGUUAUAACGAUUGGCGAUAGAAGCCAAAGAUUACAUAGUUGAAUGCAUUCCGUACCCCGAAUUUCACGUCAAGAUAGAAAUAGCAAUUUUUUUUGUUUGCGUAAGAAAUUAUCUUUUCUUUUUUGUUUCUUUUCUAAUACAAAGUGGGAUGUAUAGAUCUUUAGUCGUUCACGGGGUACAGAAUUUAUACAGGUGUACAUAAAGACAAACGCUUGGCUGUACGAGGAAGACUUUUAGUCGUACUAUCUUCUCGAGGCUCUAAAUAAGCUACCGCGUAAUUAAAUAGCGGAGCGAAAGGGAAGGAGGACUAUCGUCCGGGAGAAUGGAGAAAUGAAAACAUCAAUUAUAAUACAUUUAGCCGAGAACCCCAUCCGAGUACAUUCCAACAGGAGUUUUUUCGAUUCGACUACGAGCCGUAAUAGUUGCUGAGGGGCGAAUAAUACUCAAGGUAUAUUGUACUGUUAUACAUAUAUUUUAGGUACCGAUCUCAGUGUUUUACUCGAUAUAAGCGUCACUGGAUGUGAAAUGCUUAAGAGAUCUCGUUGUCCCAAUUGCGUUCGAUGUGUCCAAACAUUACCUCGAAUAAGACCUUCCUUUCCCUCCACGUCCUUAACUAUGCGAUUUUUAGAUGUUCUUUAUUUGUAUAAAAGUGUUUCAUUAAAUUAUAUGCCCAUUCGGACUCAGACCGUAGGAGUUAUUAAGAAUUAAGAUCGUGGACACAUCGAAUAAAAAGAAACUAGAGCAUAAACUAUUUCAACGAUAGAAGAAAUUUUAUAUUUAUAUUUUUAAAUUCACUUGACCAUCUGUGGAUUUAUUUUAACACGAGCUUGCACGGGCCAUUGUUAUCAGACUCGGCAAAUCGAAAUUUAUUCUCGCACGAUCAAGUUUCCGCCGAGUCUGUUAACACCGCGUCCGCAUUAAAAUAAAUGAGAAAAAGAUUCCUGUCCGUUGGUUUCUUCUUUUUGUCCGCGAACGAUGGGAACAAUGAAAGGUGUCCUGACCCAUUCAACGGAGAGGAGUGAUUCACUUGAGGUGCUUAAUUAAAUAAAAUAGAGAAACAGCGGCUAGGGCAGUGGUAGGCGAGAAACGUGAUCCAGAAUAAAAGAGGCUUAUAGACUGUUUGCGUAGAGAUAAACGAACGAGUAUUACUAAUGGUUAUUAAGAUUUUUAUUCGAAAUCGACACGGUGAAGUGUACUACGUAAAUUGCAUAACUGUAGUCGCGGGAACAUUUUCCUUACGUCCAUCCUUGAACACGCGAUGAGUCGGUGUACAUUUUAUUACUGCGAGGCAUCUCAGUCUCUGUUGUUCAAGUAAAAUUCUGUUGUUCGUCGAGGGAAGGAGUGUGUGAUAUAUUUCUCAUGUACGAAACUGUUUUCUCCGUCGGACGAGUGUAUUUAAUUAUUAUUUAUCGUUGUUCCGUUGACGAGGGAGCGCGCGACGAAUCCGAUGGUGUUUGAGACGUAUUGAUAAGGAACGUUUUAUUUUUAUGGAAUUCACUCUCGAGGACUUCCUGAUAAGCGACUUAGACGCAUUGGUGAUAAACGUGGUGCAGAGUCGAUUGUAAAAUACACCCUGAUUACGUGAUACCAUUGUUCGAUACCUGCCGCACAUUUGAAACGCGGUUAAUACGACGUUUGUGUAACCGAACUUCGAUGAAUUUAAUUAGCUAUGAUAGAGAGGAAAAUUAAGAUUUUGUUAAUCGAAAAAUGUGUUGAGAUCCGUCCUUGAUCAUAAUCGAAAACGCAAAAUUCGACUCGCGUGAGAACCGGCCGAACAGUGGUAUCGUCGUGGGGCCACCUUAGUUUAAAAGCAUACAACGCGCAUAUUUUUUUAUCGAAGAAACAAAGGGAGAUAGAGUGGAUGUUUGAACAAAGAAAAAAUGUAAGAUUUUUACUAUAUUUUACCAGAGUGCGUACUUGUCGCAGGCGUAAUAUUUAACGUGAUCGGUACGCAUUUUUAAAGAGGGAUACGAAAAAUCUAUCGGCGCGUAAAUCAAUGUGAACGAAUUAAUAAGACGUUGGACAAGAGACGCAGGCAGAGAUCCGAACAACAACAUAAACAAAACGCUAGAAAAUUUAAUUAGCUGAGUGUUUAUCAAUGUUGAGUGUAAAAUAAUCACAAUUAGCAGUUAAGUGUUAUCGCGGGAGGGUAAGUGAGACUCGAGACGGGCUCUGGUUUUCCCCUCCCCCUUGAUCGGAGGAGUCCCAUACAGAAAAAUGAUUAUGAAUUAAGCGGGGAGGACGAACUACUUGUAAAUAUUCAAAGAAAUCUAUGUAUGUAUAAAAUAUAAAUAAGAAUUAUCGAGAGAA